AUGGAAGAUGUUGAGAAUAUAAACAGUAUAGCCCCAAAGAUGAAAAAUUAUAGAAAGAACAUUAAUAUGAAUAUGAAUAUGCAACAACAACAACCAUUCCAACAAAACUUAAUGACACCUAGUUAUAAUAAUGAUAUUAGUAAUGAGGUCGUAAAUGGUUAUAAUUAUCUAGAUCAUGGAUCUGAUAUGAGCACCAAUAAUCACAGCUAUAUGAUACCGAAUGGGAGACAAAAACAUCAUCGCUAUUCAGAACAACAGCAGCAGCAGCAUUACGUAAAAGGUAGAAGUACUUCCUUAAGGGUUCAGAAAAAUAACAAUAAUAAUGCGUCACGAUCAUACAAUAUUGACAACAUAGCGGAAUCUCUUAAUAAUGAACAACAAAAUAUAGACACAAGUGUUAGAAGAAGUACAUCUUUAGAUCUAUCUAAUCUGCACAGAAAUAAUAAGAAUUAUUCGAAUCCUAAUAGGUCACCUCGUGUGCAUAAUCUUCAAUACCAUAUUAUGCCUUUCCCUUUACGAAAAUAUCUAGCAGAUAUGGCAAAAUGUAAGAUAUUUGAACUUAUUCAAUGUGCUAGUGUUUCAGUUGAAAAAAUAUUAGACCAAGAAUAUUGGAAUGCAGCCAUUUCAAAAUGGUUUACACCUGCUGCUACAAUGAACGUGUCUAAAAAUACGCAUAAUACACAUAGACACUUUAUUUAUCUUGCUAAAAUGUUUUCAGUUUUAUGUCAAGCAGAUCGAUAUCUGGAUAUAGAUAGAUUUGAAUUAUAUCCAAGUCAAGUGUUUACUCAAGUUUUAAGUAAUGGAACAAUAUUCUUCUCCUGUCUGAGAUUAUCAUUUAUCUAUUAUUAUAAAGAUGGAAGUUGUGUUACACAUUAUUCACAAUUUAAAGGUGUAUUCAAUACUAAUUUUAAGAUUGAAUGGAUGGAUUUUGGUGUCCAUAGUUUUGUACCGGGGAUUGAAUGGAAUGUAUUGGAAAAAACUAUAAGUAAUAUACAGCCAACACAAAAUGCUACAAAUGAAGCUACACCAAAUGACCCAUAUGAUUCACAAUUUCGUACAUCGACAAACUCCAGCUCUUAUGAUGGUAAUGAUGAUAAUACUAAUAUGAAUACCGAUCCAGAGAAAUCACAAGAUGAAAUGAAACAAAAAUUUACCGCAAUUACUAAAUUAAGAUCGAAUUUUGAAAUGUUUAGAAAUAUUUCUGCAUUAGGGGUACAUUGUGAUAUCGUAAGAGCACUUCAGACUAAUGAAAUAAUGUCUGAUUUGAGAUUUGUUAGAAUAUUCCAAAGAAUGCAUAAUAUUGAUAGUCCCCUUGCAGCUUUGCAAGCAUUUGUAGAUGAAAAGGCUCAAGAUAUCAAAGCAUAUAAGGCCGCAGUAAAUCAAAAUAUGGGAAGAGUAAGAUCGCAAACUCACGCAUCCAACACAAAUUCGGGUAUGUCAUAUGUUCCAGCAAAUAAUAUGGGAAUGAAUAAUCCAGAAAUCUAA